GCAAACUGGAACAACACCACACCGCUAGAGGGCGCUGGACAAGAAUCCUUCUUUACCAACCGGCAACCUCACAACUCUCCUUCCUGUUUGACAGCCAUUGAAGAAGACAUGGCUAUCCGCUACCCAAUGGCUGUGGGCCUCAGCAAAGGCCACCCAGUCACCAAGAAUGUUUAUGCUCCUAGGCACAGUCGCAGACGAGGCCGCUUGACCAAGCACAGCAAGUUUGUUCGCGAUAUGAUCCGUGAGGUGUGUGGUUUUGCACCUUAUGAGAGACGUGCCAUGGAGCUGCUCAAGGUGUCCAAGGAUAAGAGGGCUCUGAAGUUCAUCAAGAAGAGGAUUGGUACUCAUAUCCGGGCCAAGAGAAAGAGAGAGGAGCUGAGCAACGUUCUGGCUGCAAUGAGAAAGGCAGCUACCAAGAAAGAAUAAACUGUCAAUAAAUCUUUUUAAGAUGA